CAUUCGACAGUGUCACAUUGCAUUGAUAUCCACUUGUGAUUGCAGGCGGUGAUGGUGGUGGGUUGUAACUAAAAACACAAAACGAAACCCUCUUUUUGUAUCUUGUAUCUCAAAGCUCUCUCCCGUCUCACCCAGACCCAGCCAGCCAGCCAUUGCUGCACAUUGCUCACCGGAAUAAUCAUUGAAUUUUUCCACUUAGUAGGUACUACCUUCUAAAGUAUCUAAAGAAGAAAAAACUUCACUGUGUGUUUUGUUUUAUGUAUUUCGAAAAAAAGUGGAGGUAAAUAAAGAAAAGAAAAGAUAAAAAAAAGUAUCUUUGUGUGGUGGCGCGCAAAUACAACAACAAAAAUAAAAUCUUACAAAAAAAAAGUAUAUAUCUAUCUAUGAACAGAAAAAAAAGAACAACCUCGAAUUGGAUGGAAUUUCGAAAAAAUAAAUAAAAAUCUAUCCAUUCUUUUCGUUUGUAUAGAAGUGGUGGAUACUCGCGUAUAUUAAGAGUGUAGAGGUAUAGAAAAAAAGAAAAAGACAAAUAAAAAAGUAUCUUUGCCGGGCUGAAAAACAACACGAAAAGUAUCUACGAACUAUACGACUAUACGAGUCGAACAAGUAGUAGCUCUAGAUUUAGUAAGUACUCUUGGUCUCGAACUCGGUGCUGCUGCUUUUUUGACUAUUGUCGUUCGUCUCUUGGUGUAGUUCUUCUUUGGUCGUGGUCGUCGUUCAAGUCAUCGUCUUGGCCGUCGUCGUUGUCGCUGAUGUUGUUUGUGUCGUUGUCGUUUUCGUCGUCGUCGUCUUGGAUGUAGUUUUUGUUAUUAUUGUAUCGUAAACGUCAUCCCAAUCCCAACCAACGAGAAACCCAAAAAGAAAGAAAAAAUAAAACACCACGAAAUACCAACAUACCUAAAAAGUAUCUGUGUGUCCGUGUAUCAGUGUGUGCGUGUGUGUGUGUAUAAAACGAGAGGGAAUAAUAAACGAAUAUUAACGAAUGAAGAAUGAAAUAAGUACAACCAACCAACAAAAAAAAUAAAAAUAAAACAAAAAAAAGAAAAGAAGUAUCUUGUAGAUACAAUUGUAUUUUUAUAUCACGUCAUAUACCUACGUACCACAUAUAUACAUACAUAUACUCAUACCCAUUUGUCGUGUAUCAUUUUAUUGAUGCUCAGAUAUUUUUGAUUUGAAUUAUGCCCAACUAGUCAAACUGAAUCGUUGGCGCUUCGAGCACGUAUUCGCGGAAAAACCAUUUGUUUCAAUAUUAUUAUUCUUUUUUUUCACUGCUUUAAAUUCAAAUACCUAAAGGUAUUCAUAUAAAAUACCUUUUAUAUGGGUACCGUUUUGAAUCUUAUUCCGAUUGUGAUGCGGUUUUGGAUUUUUCAUAUUUAAGAUAAAUGCGUUUGUGAAUCGCACGUGAAUGUCAAACAAACAAUUAAAUUAAAUUGGCAAAACAAAGAAUUAUUAUUAAACUUUUUGUUGUUGUUGGAUAAUCCUCUCUAUAUUCUAUACAGAAAACAAUACUUAUGCACCUGUCGCGCGGAAAGGAUAAUUCAACUCUUAUUGGACUGAAUUAAAAAAAUAGAAAUAAAAGAAAGGACCAAAUUUGUGUUGUGUUGUCUUACCCUCUUUUUCGAAUUGAAAAGUAAUACAUUUUAUUUUUGGACUUGGAAUUUCUGUUCGAAAUGAUUGUGUGUUUAUUAUCAAGGUAGCAGCCACCAGCAGGAGAAGUUACAUUUUAUCUUAAAUAUUAUAUAAAAGACUCGGUGUUUAACCAUGUUUCUUCGUCGGAAUGGAUAAUUGUGUCCAACGGACUUUGUGUUUUUUGGAAAAAAAGAAAACUAUGAAAAGUGUAUCUAAACCUACCUUCAAUGUAAACGGAAAUUAUAAGAAACUAUAUAGGAUAUACCUACCUAACUAAAAACAUUGGUAUCCUUAUAGCUAAAGGAUCUAUACCUUUUCAAUAAGAUACUUUUGGUCAAUUAGAUCAGUGAUAGGUUAAACUUCUUCGCAUAUCAUCACAAACAAAAACAGAUCCGAAAAGUGUAUACGUGUGUUUGUGUUUACGUAUCUCAUAUAUCGACUCUAAGAGUUUGUUUCCUUUAAGAUUUGGAUCUCUAUUUUCACUUUGGUUAUAGGUUACAGCCUCUAUAACAAGAAGGUAGAUUUAUGUGCAAUGAUCCUGUUUGCAGUAUAUUGUUGGAUGUUUGAUUUAUAACUAUAACUUACAACACAACCUUAACUUCGUAUACGGCAAACGGUGACGACGGGUUGUUCUUCUGUUCUCGCUCUUGAAGAAAAAGAUAUAAAUUAUAUUUUAUUUUGUUUUUUUUUUUUUCGAAUUUUGGUUUCAUAAAAGAAACAAGUGUUUAAUUGUAUAUCUAUGUUAUGGAUAAAUAUUGUACAAAAAGUGUCAUUCAGUAAGAUCAUUGAUCGAUCAUCAACGAAGCUAUAAAUAUAAAUAUUUUUGAAAAUAAAAUUAUACGAAAACAACUGAAAUAAGAAAAACCACUUGAAAUAUUUAUAAUAAUAAUUGCAAGUGAUAUCUAUACCAUCUAUUUAAAAACACGAAUAGAGGUGGAUUUCGAUUUUGAAAAAUAUAGGAACUUCCUAUAAAUUUGACUUAUAUAUUAAUCGAUAACAAGGAUCUUAAAAAGGAGCAUCACACUGGACGUAUUGACGGGAUAUAUACCACCAUACUAUCGAUCGGGAGAGAGCAGUUGUAGCGAAAAGCCCAUCAAAAUGGAUCCCGAUUGCUUUGCCAUGUCCUCCUACCAGUUUGUUAACUCGCUGGCCUCGUGUUACCCGCAACAAAUAAAUCCGCAACAGAGCCAUCAACCGAAUCCUGUUGCCUCGGCAGCGAGUAGUCAAGCGAGUGCAAGUGGCAGUGGACCAGGUAGCGGCGGAGGUGGCGGCGGCGGUGGUAUUCCCAAUCCCACGGGUGGUGGUGCUUCACAAACUCCCGGUGCAAAUGAUUACUUUCCAGCGACGGCAGCCUACACACCGAAUCUCUAUCCGAACACACCACAAGCGCACUAUGCAAAUCAGGCCUAUAGUUUAGGUGGCAGUUCAGGGGCGCAGCCAAAUCCUGCUGAUAUGGUCGACUAUACACAAUUGCAGCCACAGCGUCUACUCCUACAGCAACAGCAACAACAACAGCAGCAGCAGCAACAGCAACAACACACGCAGCAACAACAACAGCAACAAUCCAGCUGUAAAUACGCGAACGAUCCAACAACACCGACCGGCAAUAAUAACCAACAAUCGAUAGCAAGCCCACAAGAUCUAUCGACACGCGAUAUCUCACCGAAAUUAUCACCAAGUUCUGUGGUAGAGAGCGUUGCUAGAUCGCUGAACGCGAAGAAUGUUGUUGCCGGCGUGGUGGGUGCUGCAGGCGCUGUUGUAGGUGGCAGCAGUGGUGUGACAUCGUCCAAUGUUAAUAAUAAUCACAGUAGCAAUAGUCAUACGACAAAUGUUCCAAUGCAUAGUCCAAAUGGUGGUGGCGACUCCGAUUCGGAGAGUGAUAGUGGCAAUGAGGCUGGUAGUAGUCAAAAUAGUGGCAAUGGCAAAAAGAAUCCUCCGCAAAUAUAUCCAUGGAUGAAACGUGUACAUUUAGGAACAAGUACUGUUAAUGCCAAUGGUGAAACAAAACGCCAACGAACCUCAUACACCCGCUAUCAAACGUUAGAAUUAGAAAAGGAAUUUCACUUCAAUCGUUACCUGACACGUCGGAGACGCAUCGAAAUCGCCCACGCCCUAUGUCUAACGGAAAGACAAAUUAAAAUUUGGUUCCAAAAUCGUCGUAUGAAAUGGAAAAAAGAACAUAAAAUGGCGUCAAUGAAUAUUGUACCUUAUCAUAUGGGACCAUACGGACAUCCAUAUCAUCAAUUCGAUAUCCAUCCAUCACAAUUUGCUCAUUUGAGCGCAUAGGACGCGUGGCACUUUUCGGGUACUGGUUAGAGGCUCAAUCAGUUGUAUCAAGAACCAUAUCAGGGAUACCAGAACAAUCAGGAUGCCAGCGGGGGUGGCGGUGUUAGCAGUGGUCCUGGCACCGGUACCAAUUCGCUGUUUAGUAAUUCUGAGUGUUCUAAGUAUCCCCAAGAGUUCUGAUCUCAAAUUAUGUAAAAAUAACUUUAUAUAGGUAUUAAAAACGUCUUCGUUAAAUUAUAACAACAACAAAAAAUAAGAGAACAACAACAACAUAACAAUCAAAAUUGCAUUAAGAAAUUACGAAGCCAUCAUGAUAAUGUCCAUCGUCACUGUGUGUUGUAUGUAUGCCUAGCCUCGUCUCAGGAUAGGAGGCUAUAACCAUCAUUGAAAGGCAUCUCACAUCAUCAAUGAAGUUGGCCUAGCAUGAGGGCUUCGUAGUUUGUAUCUCUUAGAUCGCAAGAUUCAAUCCAUCAGCUUAAUGCAACGUAGAACGCUUAAUAUCAAAAUUUUUACAACUGAUUCGUGCUAACACGAAACUAACAAAACACUCCCAUGAUGUCAUAUCGCAUCGUGCGGAAGUGCGUUUGGAAUAAUCGUGUUGGUUUAUGAUACUGGUCACAAUUUGCUACUUGGUUUUAUGGGAUUUUGUUUUUCUAAUGUUUUGAUUUUUUAUUAAAAUAUGUUUUGUCCAUUGAUUUGUUUUUAUUUUUUAAUUUUUGUCUCACUAUUACAUUGGUUACAACUUUUAAGGUCUUAUGUUAAAUAAUCCUGCCCAAAUAUACCUUAAAUUUAAGUUUGUUAUUUUAUUGUUUUUGUUAUAGAUGCAUCCUUGUGUAAUUUGUUUAACUUUUUCCUUCCCUUUAAUUAAAAAUUAAAUGAAAAUGGGAACAUAAAAGACAAUUUCCCAAAAAACCAUUGGCAGAUUUUAAUAAAAAUGAAAUUCAAAUUGUAAAUAGAUAAAUAAAAAAACAAAACAUAAACGAAAACAUAUUUAUUGAGCUAUUCAAACCGUCCAGUAUAAUAAACCGAAAUCUCUAAGCAGUAUUCGAAAAGCCAUUAGGUUUAAGUCUAGAAUAAUUAUUAUUGAAUUCGAAUUUAAGUAGGUUUAUGUAUUUACUUAUUCUAGUGUUGCACUAGUGGUUGAGUUAUUUGCUAAAUUAUGGUGAAUUUUAUAAUAAUAAUAUUGUUCACCUUUCAUAUACAGUUUGAGAAUCAUUCUAAAUAAUGGUGAGAAAAUAUCAAAAAUAGUUUGAGAACAAUAGUAACUUUUUUUUAAAAAUCUAAAACAACAACAAUCAUUUUAUUUAUUUUCAGAAGCUUAAGUUUGUGCCACAACCAUUGGAAUUGUGUCUAGAAUAAUUGAAUGAACUGCAUUACCGGUAGUCGUUGGAUUUAUUUUUAACUAAUUUUCUACGAAAAGAAUUUCUAUUUUACACUCUAGAGUCCAGAUUUUAGAACAAAUGAAGGUUUACACAGCACUACCCUAGCCAAACACCAAAGACGAUCCAAAAUCGACAUCUACCGUGUGUAGGGAAACUGAGAUGGCUCGGUUUGGCUCUGUUGACCCAUUCGGAUUUUCAACAAGUCAAAAAUCAAAGAGUCAAAGCCAGAUUUUUAAAUGCUUUCGACUCAAAUAAGUUUGUUAAGUAAGAUUGAGUCAAACCAAACCCAAUUCAAUUCGAUGUAAAAGGGUCAGUUCUAUGCAACCGUCAAAUGCGAAAGGAAAGUUUCCAAGACAAUAGAACGUCCUGUUUAAAAAAAUAUGAACAAUAGAACAACGUUUGAAACAGACCCAUUCGAUUCUGCUUUUGUCUUUGAACUUUGUUCGAGUAGAAAAAUUGUGCACCAUCCAUUUUUUUAUGUGACAAUUGUCAAAGCUUUGGGGAAACAGAAUUGAUUUUCGGUAGCAAUCAUGAUUUCGAAAUAAAUUAUCCUUUUUUUAUUGCAAUUGCUAUAUUUUCGUCUAGCAAAAUUCUUACGUCUGUCAGUUUUGAUUCUUAAUUUAAAUGCAAAAUAUCCUUAGAUCAAC